AUUGUAACACAAAAAAAAAGAAAAAAAAGAAAUGCAUAUUGUCUUGAACUCCAAGGUUUCCAAGCCUUUUAAGUCCCUCUCAGGGAAAAUGCCAAGAUUUGGAAUUUUCCCAGUUGGGGGUUGCUUAGAUGGGUGUAGAGACCACACUCAAGGCUCAGGUUUUGGCACCAGAAUUUGGAAUUUGAGUGACAAGCCUGUGGAGCUCCAAAUAAGGGUUGGAUCAAUACUAAAAAAGGUUCAUACUCUUAAGCCUGGCUCCUCAAAGAGACUCAAAUGCAAAAGCAUAUACAAAGCCUAUAUGCCUGGAGAGAAUGGAAAGAGCUUGCUCUAUUACUAUGAUGAAACUUGUCACCCUUAUGUUUGGAUAAACGACACCGGAGGCGAUUCGUUGAGGAUGGUUAAGCAGCAGUACAUUAGCCUUGAGGACCUCAGGGAUUUCUCCGAGAUUCGAGUCUUUAGAGAUCAUCAACGCGGCUGCAUAUCUGUUCGGAAGAAGGCUAGGCCUGAUGUUUGCUGAAGUGAGUUUUUUUUAAGCCUUGGAGUCUAAUUGUAAGUUUGAAUGUCACAGCUUGUUCUUGCGUCAUUUUUGUUGUUACCCUUUGAUCAGAUUUUGCUGCUCUUUUUCCUGUGGUGUGUAUUUGAAAGAAUUCAGAUUCUAAGGUAAUGUUAAAUACAACAUAUGUGCCAAAGAA